AUGGCGCAGCCCCGACUGGAGCAUGUUGUGGCAGACGCGGGAGCCUUUCUCCUUAAAGCUCCUCUCCAGGAGAUUGGGAAAAACGUGUACACGUUGAGCGAGGUGGUGGAGGAGAUCCGAGACAAGGCCACCCGCAGGAGUCUGGCCUUCCUCCCGUAUCAGCUCGUCCUCUGCCGGCCGCGACCGGAACACAUCCGAUGGGUGACGGAAUUCUCCAAGAAGACUGGAGACUACCCCAGCCUGUCGUCCACUGACAUCAAGGUGGCGGCGCUGACCUUGCAGCUAGAAGAGGAGCACGUGGGAACCAAACAUCUGCGGCGGGAGCCUCCCCUACAGGUCGACGUGAGCGGCACGCGGCGCCAUCCCGAAACGCCCGUCGACAUAGCAGGAUUUCACUUCCCCUCCGAGCGCAGACCCCCGAAGCUGGAGGAGUCGUGUGAGGUCAACUCUUGCAGCAGCGAUGGCGACAAUGGCGACAACUCCUUUAACAGUUUCCAGUUCUGGAGAGACGUUCUUCCUAGCAUCGAGGAUGAACUGAGCGUUUUCUUGGACGAUGGCGUACAAGGAGAUGUCGGGGGGGCACUGGAGUGCCAGGAAACUGUAGAUGAUGAUGAUGACGAUGAUGAUGACGGAGGAGGAUGGAUCACCCCCAGCAACAUCGGGCGGGUGAAGACGGACUCGUGCGAUUGGACGACAGCUCCGGAGGUCAAAGUGGGAUGUCUGACCACAGACUUUGCCGUACAGAACGUCCUGAUGCAGAUGGGACUCCGCGUGGUGUCGGCGAACGGAAUGUUGAUCAAACAGGCUCGGAAUUACAUCCUGAGGUGUCACGCCUGCUUCACGACCACCGGCAACAUGAGCAAAGAGUUUUGUCCCAAGUGCGGCAACCGAACGUUGAAGAAGGUCAGCGUCAGCGUGGACCAAGACGGACACGUGUGCAUGCAUUUCUCCAGCAACCCCAAAGUGCUCAACCCGCGCGGACUCAGGUACACGUUGCCGCUUCCGCGGGGCGGGAAGCACAGCCACGAGCCGCACCUGUGCGAGGACCAGCGGUUCCCUCAGCAGCGGCAGUCCCGGAAAGCCCGGCAGAAGACGGACGCGCGGCAUCCGGAUUACGCGGCCGGAGGCGCCUCGCCCUUCUGCCCCAACGACGUGUACAGCCGCGCGGCUCACCUCAAGGUCCGAGAGGCCGGCUGCGGCGCCGGACGCCGCCGGGCAAACCCCAACGCGACGCGCGCCAAGUACGCCAAAUGA